CUUCUACACAAACCUCCUGUGCUACUAGUCUAGACCGAGCGGUCUUAGCAUAUCACUGUGGAGGUUGACACAUGAACAAAUUGCUACGCAAUGUGUUGUGACUCGUGAGUAGUACUAUAAAUGUCGGGCUUUGGGGACUUGUUUUGCUUGCUCCUUAUGUGUGUGUCUGUCUUAGUACAUAGUAGAGAUCAAAGUUAAGGCCAAUAUGGGAGAGUUCAAGCACUUGGUUAUAGUCAAGUUCAAGGAUGAUGUGGUUGUGGAUGAUGUUUUGAAAGGGAUGGAGAAGUUGGUUUCAGAGGUUUAGUAUAUGCUCUGUUCUUGUGAUCAUAUUAGGGGACAGGACGUGGAAAGCCUAGACGUUCUUAGACAAGGCUUUACUCAUGCCUUCUUGAUGACAUUCAACAAGAAAGAAGACUUCGCUGCAUUUCAAGGACACCCUAAACAUGUUGAGUUCUCUGCAACUUUUUCAGCAGCCAUUGACAAGAUUGUGCUGCUUGAUUUCCCUGCUCUUCUCGUCAAGGCACCAGCAUAAUCUAGAGAAACCGAUUGAGCUUUCAUUUAUAUAUAUAUUAUUGUGAAAAGAUUUCAAAGGUGAAAUAGUGUUUUUAUGUGUUAAUCUGUCUUUUGUGUGUUUAUUAUGAUCGGUGUGUUAUUUUUGCUUGUAAAAAUCAUGCUUGUUUAUGGAGAUCAUAGUGUUUGAUGACUCAAUAUUGAAGUUCCCAAGCCGUUUGGUGAUUUAUUUA